AUGGUUGGCAAGAUCAGUGCCUUGACCGCGCUUUUCGCGCUGGCAACCACAUCGUUUGCGGGUAAUUUUUUUCAAAAUGCCGAUGGGAGCUUUAAAAGUGCCAUUGAGCGCAAAUUAGAGAAAACAACUAUAGCGCCCAAUUCGCUUCAGGAACCAUCCCCAGCGGACACCGACCCUUCUCUCCUCUACCCAGAAUACACACUCGCUGUACCCAUCGACCAUUUCCACAACGAUUCUCUUUAUGAACCUCACAGCAACGGCACUUUUCCCUUACGCUACUGGUUCGAUGCUACGUAUUACAAGUCUGGUGGACCGGUCAUUGUGCUGCAAUCUGGUGAAACGGAUGCUAGUGGCCGUCUACCUUUCCUACAAAAGGGACUCCUUCAUAAAUUGGCUGUAUCGACACACGGAAUUGGUGUUGUGCUUGAGCAUAGAUAUUAUGGCUCCAGUAUCCCAACGCCUGAUUUCUCUACCGAGAACCUGCGGUUCUUGACCACGGAUCAGGCGCUUGCUGACCAGGCGUAUUUUGCCCAGAACGUGGUGUACAAGGGCUUGGAGCACUUGAAUCUGACGGCACCGAAUGUGGCAUAUCUUGCAUAUGGAGGUUCUUAUUCUGGAGCUUUUGUUGCGUUCCUGAGGAAGUUGUAUCCGGAUGUUUUCUGGGGAGCCAUUUCCUCCAGCGGAGUAACAGAAGCUAUCUGGGACUACUGGACCUACUUCGAGCCUAUCCGCACAUACGCACAACCAGAGUGCGUAUCCAUUACGCAGAAGGUAACAAACGUAAUAGACAACAUCUUCCUCAGCAACAACAGCGCCGAUAUCUCUGAGCUCAAGAGCGCAUUCGGAAUGCCCAACGUAACGUACAACGACGACUUUGCAUCUAUAGUCGCGGCCGGCAUAGACAGCUGGCAGGGCAAGAACUGGGACCCGGCGCUCAACGACCCCACAUUCGACGAAUACUGCGCCAACAUCACCAGCAGCACGCUCCUCUUUCCCUCCACCGCAUCCCUAAACGGCACCGCCAAAGACCUCAUCACAAAGGGCGGCUGGGGUAAUCAAUCAUCCACCCUCACCACCCCGCUCUUAAACUGGAUUGGCUGGCUAAACACCAACUACGUGUCUGGGUGCACGUCCACAGACCAAGAUUCCUGCUUCGGCACCCACGACCCCGCAAACUACGCAGAUGAUUCCAUCGCUGCUACCUGGCGCGCCUGGCCCUACCAAUACUGCACACAGUGGGGCUUCCUGCAAACCGGGUCCGGCGUACCCACCACCCAGCUGCCCCUCGUGUCGCGCACCAACAACAUAGCCUACGAAUCUAUAAUCUGCAACGAGGCCUUCGACAUCUACACGCCGCCCGACGUGGAUGCCAUUAACAAGUACGGCGGAUUCGGGAUCUCGUAUCCAAGACUGGCGAUUGUGGAUGGGGAGUGGGAUCCGUGGAGGUCGAGCACGCCGCAUGCGAGUCCGUUUAAUAGCAGUGCGGUGAACCGUACUAGUACGGUGGAGGAGCCGUUUAUCUUGAUUGAGGCCGCGGUGCAUCAUUGGGAUGAGAAUGGUUUGUUUGAGAAUCAGACGACGGCGGAGCUACCGCCAAAGCCGGUGAGAGAUGUGCAAAAGGAGGAGAUUGAUUUCGUGGGGGCUUGGAUGGAUGAGUGGACGCAUCAGCAUCAUUGGAGGAGGGGGUUGAAGUUAAGAAAUAGUGCGUGA